UGUUUUUUGGUUCAACAGGUUUCUGGACCGCUUUCUAAAUUAGAAGUUAAUCUUUAUAUCUUGGCUGUCAGAAUUAUAGGAUUGAUAGAUUUUUCGUGAUCAGUUUGGCCCAUUUUAAAUAAAAAAAGUAAAUAUUCCUACGAAGAAAUGUUGAAUUUCACAAAUUGCCUUACCAUUGCCUGAAGAUUAGAUGUGCCAAAUAAAAAAAUCCCUGGAAGCUGGGUUAGAACAAAACUUAAGUUUUUCUGUGUUAUUGCAACAAACUUCAGCCACUAAGUCAUGGUGUCAAGUGCAAGUUGAAUUUUGCUGAUGGCCGUUAUUUUUGUAAGCAGAGUGUUUUUUAUCUUUUUAAUGUUUUGCUUUUGAAAACAGAGUAUGAAAUAAAAAGAAAGCAAGCCAUUACAGCGUCCAUUCUUUCUCAACUUCUGUCACUAGAGAUUAAGCAUGCUUUUCCCCUCCACAAUUUCGCCCAAUAAACAAUAAUCAGUGUUCUUCUGAGAAAUUACAAAUUUUCUAUCCUGAGUGAUCUAGUAUUUUAUCAAAUUUAGUCUAGGGGAUGCUUUUUUAGCCUUUCUAGAAAGUAUAAUUUCAAAAAUUUUCUUCCCCGUCGGACCCAACCAUGAUGGGUCCUCCUACAUCACUAAACUUGAUUCUUAGCUCCCAAGGUUCAAUUUCGUGGGGCCCUCUUUUCAAAAAUGGUGUCCAUCCAAUCAUAAAACAAUUACAAUCAUGUUCAAUGUACUAAGGAUUAUCUGUAGACCAGAAAGUCUUAAGAAAUCCAAAAAUCUUGACUUUUGCUUUUUAAGUCAUUUGCCCCCUGAACUGUUUCCAUAACACAUACACCUUAAAUUGUUUGGUGGUGCCAUGACCCACUGCAUACUUUCUAUUAAUUCGCUCUGCUGACCUUCUCCCCCACUUCAGAUUUACAGCCCUGAUAUCUUAUUAAUAUAAGUUUGAUAUUUUUGGGUUUUAUCAACACUUUUUAGCUAAAAAUUAUGGGUCUGCUAAAUUUGUUUUUUAUACUUUUAGGUGAAUUUUUAUAACUGAGGCUGGGUCUCCCCGUAUGUAGAAAAUUUGAGUCACUCCCCUUGGGGUGUAGCUCUCUAGAUAUGGAGCUGAAGAACAUGAUUUGGGACCAUAUUCAUUCCUUUACAUUUUCUUGAAUUUAUCUUGGUAUUCUAUAUCAGACGGACGUUGGGCAUCAUUUUGGAUGAGAGGGAAAAGUAUUCGUUAAAUUUUUGCGAACGAUUGUGAAAUUUUGAAUUGGAAUUCAAACGCCUAAUGAGGUAUUCUUAGUUUCACAACUUGAAAGCAGGGACCAGUGGGCCUGAACAACUGCCCCUCAUAUAGAUAGGAUAAUAAUCCUAUUGCCCCUGCUUCCUGCGGAGGAGCUUUUGCAUGGAAGGGAGGCUGUUUUUUACUAGUGUUUGAUUUUUGUCGAUUGCGAAAAUGUCUUCCUACUACCUGGAAUUGCUGGAAAAUCCGCUGAAAUUCCCGCCAGUAACGGAUGAUAACAAUGUGUUUUUUGAUGAAGGGAACAAAGAGGUCUUUUCAGUAUCGAGGGCAGAUAACUUUAACCGCGUUCAAGUGAAAGGUGCAGGUGUAGCUUCGAACAUCGAAUUCAAGGUCCCCGAGAAGGGCCAUGUAAUAUCUAUAAAGUUUUCACCAGACCAUAGAGUCCUGGCCAUUCAAAGGUCUUUAAAAAGUGUAGAUCUUAUGAACUUUGAAAAUGGUGAAAUAACUGGAAGUGAAUAUAGCCAGUCCUGCAAGGGAAGAUCAACACAAAUUAUUGGGUUUAUUUGGACGAGCAGAAAUGAACUCGUUAUUGUCACUAACCAGGGCAUUGAGUUUUAUCAGAUCAUGUCGGAUAAACCUUCUGUAAAACUCAUCAAGAGUUUCUCUGUAAAUGUUAACUGGUUUGUUUUCCUUGCUGAGAACUCAGUUCUGCUUCUGUCCUCUGGCAUCAUGGGCAAUGUCAUUCACCCAUACAUCUUCAGGCCAGGAUCAGUAUCACGUCUUGCCAAGUUUGAAGUAGAUAAUCCGCCUUCAACUAGAACCCCACAGCCAGCUGGUCUUCAUGUUAGAGAUGUGACACUAGCAAAUAUAUAUGGACAGAUUUAUGUAGUUAUUCUAAGAAAUCAGCCUAGGAUGUUCAACUCUACUGGAGCUGAAGUGGUAUUAUACCUGCUACAACAAGAGAUGCCAGCUAAAAAGUCUGCAGUUUUAAGACUUGGGGCUGUAGGAAGAUUUGCAGUGAAUGUAGUUGACAACUUAAUUGUAGUUCACCAUCAAGCCUCAAAAACAUCAAUGAUAUUUGAUCUAAAGUUAGGAGCAGAGUAUGAUGGACAAGUGUCUUACCAUUACCCAGUUCUGUCUCCUCUGCCAAUACAACCAUGCAAGUUUGUCCAAAGCAUCAACAGUAACAAAGGAACUCAGGUAUCAGAAGUAACAUGUGAUCUUUAUUCGCCAAACUGGAUAGUUUUCCAGCCAAACAUUGUUAUAGAUGCAAAAUUAGGGUGUCUUUGGCAAGUCAGAGUAAAGCUUGAAUCCUUAGUCAAUAUGAUUGAUGAUAAGGGACAACUGGUUGACUUUUUGUCAUUAAGAGAAGAAAGCUCAUCUGUACUGUUAUCAGUCUGUAUACAGUUGCUCAUGCCAGGCAGACAAGCUAGUCUUGGAGUAGUAGCUGUCGUCUUUGAUAAACUGAACAGCGUUUAUCACGAGUUUCUUCAAGUAUGUGCAGAGAGAACAGGGGCUGGACCUGCUGACAAUGCAAAAGAUGCUUAUGGAUUUUACAAAUGGUACAGAAGUCAAUCUGUUAUUGACCAGUCAAGCAUGUUUGAUAAUGUUUUUACCAAAGUCUUAAAUUCAAAGCAUGCAAAUGAAAAGUUUAUGAUGGCUGUGCUUGUAGAAUACAUUCGUUCUUUACAUUUCCACCAGAUACCUAUCGAGUUUUAUUUACAAGAACUUCUUCUCAAUCAGUUUCUGGAAAGAAAACAGUUCCAUCAGAUGCAUCAAUUUCUUCAAUACAACGUCCUUAAAGAUUCAAAAGAACUUGCUGCCUUGCUUAUAAGUAUUGAAAGCAAAUAUCCUCCAGCUUUUCAGCUUGCACUAGACAUGAUGAAAAGGAUUCCAAAUGCAAGAGAAGAUGUUAUCGAACUUUACCUUUCAAAGCAACAGGUAUUGCAAGCUGUCAGGUAUUUAGAAGGUACUGAUGCACUAGAUUCAGCAUCUCCAAGGAAAUUCCUUGAAGCAGCUUUUUCUACAACUGACAAAAUGACAUUUUAUACAGUCUUCUUGAUGUUUCAGAAGCGUAAUAUCAGGCUACGGAAGCAGCCUGGUUUUGCUCCAGGGGAACAAUGUGAUAAAUAUGAACAAUAUUUUGAUAAAAUUUUCAAAAAGGAAACAUCUUCCAAUGAUGUUGAUGGAUUGGUAGAAAUAGUUGAAGGCCUUCAUUACUAGCUAAUUUAACCAAUAGAAUCUUUAAAUUGCUGGUUUAAUGAGAAAUUGUAUGGCAAGAUGCUAUGCUUUUGGAAUUCAAAAUAUAUAGACAGGCAUCUUCUGCCCUUUUGAGUUUGGUGUGUCCUCACAAAAGCAAACAAGGGUAGCAGUUGCCAUUAGCAGCUGAUAGUAGUGCUAUUCAAAAAUCUUUCUGAAUCAACUUUGUUAAGCUUUGAGGAAGAAGCUGCCUGUCUGCCAAGUGCAUACUCUUUGCCAACCUAUUUAAUUAUAGAUUUAGAUAAGUUAUCUUUGAAUGCUUUAAUGAAAGCAAGAUUACACUCUAGAGUAAGAAUAACUUGAAGUACCUUGCCAUUGUACACCUCAACUCCAAUGACUUCCCCGUUUUAAUAAUUUAAUGAUUAACUCCUUCUGAAGUUUUUUCCAAAUGGCUAAGAGGAUUGCCAAAAUUAGCGCAGUAAUAUAAGAAUAAAAAAAUUAUUGGAAGAAUCAAAAUUCAACCCAAACUAUGAUGGCAGUAAUGGUGGUGGUCACAAAUCUGAAAUUGAACUUGAGAUAACAUUAUUUUGAAAGUCAUUAUAUUGAGAGCACAUCAUGUUUAAAAUCUAGAAGGGGUGGUAUUUUCUUUUUGAGUGUUGGAUAGAAAUGACUUUCAAUACAAAAAUUCCAAUUUUUGGACUAUUUUACCUUUUAAUUUGGCACUCUGGUAGUUUUGACAUGAGACUGUUAAGAUUUUUUAGAAUAAUAAUUUGUUCUAAAUGUUUACAACCAACUCAGACAAUUUAAAAACUGGUUAUCAAAAUGGACAAGAAGGAACAUUUUUUUAUAGUAGAAAAAUAGCCUUUUGUUGUGUAGUAGUGCAAUAUGUCAUGCAGGGACAGUAUCCAAUGGCAGUUUUAGGGACUGCGGGGCCUGGGGUAAAAAAAAUCUGCAGGGCCCUUGUUCUUAGGUGUGUGGCCCCUUUUUGCUACCAUAAGCGCGGAGCCUGGGGCCAUGGCCCUCCUGGACCCCCUUUAAAACUGACACUGACUGUACCUUGGAUUUGAAAGUCAAAGAAA